AUGGCGGCUUUAAUUCGAGAUGCUCCCUUUGGGCAGCUAGUACGUUACUUAACAAACAACAAAUAUUUCCAAUAUCCUGAAGAGAAGCCGGACUUCAAGCUUCCCGAGCCAUGGAUCAAAUUAAUGAAUGAGUCGGACCCUUCCGCUUCGACAUAUCCAGAGAAGGAGAGGCGACAAGAGAAUGGCAAUAACAACCAAAGCAGUGAAGAUAUCAGCCGGGUCACCACUUUAAACAGCUUGCCAUUCACAGAGGCCCGUCUCGAGGCUGACGAGCAACAUGAAAUCGAAAAGGUCAAGUCCAUUCCAAUCGUCCCAAAGAAGACAAAAGACGGUGCCGUCCUCGUGGACUGGUAUUAUACCAAUGAUGAAGAAAAUCCACACAACUGGUCUAAUAAGAAACGGGCUUUUCUUGCAACCUUAAUUUGUCUUUAUACGUUUGUUGUCUAUACUACGUCGGCCAUCUAUACAUCAUCCGUGGUGGGUGUCAUGCAGCAAUUUAAUGUGAGUGACUUGCUUGCCACCCUCGGACUAUCGUUAUAUGUCCUUGGGUAUGGUACUGGGCCAUUGAUCUUCUCGCCUAUGAGCGAGAUUCCCUUGAUUGGGCGGAACCCAGUGUAUAUUAUCACUAUGUUCCUUUUUGUUAUCAUCUCCAUCCCCACUGCUUUUGUCGGCAACUUUCCCGGUCUCAUGGUCCUGCGUUUCCUUCAAGGGUUCUUCGGAUCGCCAUGUCUCGCAUCGGGAGGUGCCUCCAUUGGCGACAUGUACAGCCUCAUGGCUCUGCCUUACGCCAUGAUGGCUUGGGUCUCAGCUGCCUACUGUGGGCCUGCCCUUGGACCACUGAUCAGUGGUUUCGCCGUCCCCGCCGAGUCCUGGCGAUGGUCUCUUUUUGAAUCCAUUUGGGCCUCCGCUCCUGUCUUCAUACUGAUGUUCUUCUUCCUCCCCGAGACCAGCAGCGCCACCAUCCUGCUUCGCCGUGCCGAGCGACUUCGCAGGAUCUACAACAACGAGCGCUUCAUGUCCCAAUCUGAGAUCGACCAGCGCAACGUGAAGAUGUCACACGUCGCCAUUGACGCACUGAUUAAGCCCUUGGAGAUCACAUUGAAGGAUCCCGCCGUUCUCUUCGUUCAAAUCUACACGGCCAUCAUAUACGGAAUUUACUAUUCCUUCUUCGAGGUCUUCCCGCUAGUCUACCCCGUUGACUACCACAUGAACCUCGGCCAAAUUGGCUUAGUCUUCCUGUGCAUCUUGGUAGCGUGUCUUGUCGGCGUCGCCGCCUACUUCUCUUACCUCUACUUCUGGAUGAAUCCCCGCAUAGAGCGCUUCGGCUUCCCCGUCCAGGAAGCCCGCCUGAUCCCAGCCCUGCCCGCCGCCUUCGGACCUACGAUAGGCCUCUUCCUCUUUGCCUGGACCGCCCGUGCCUCGAUCCACUGGAUCGUACCGACCAUCGGCAUCACGAUCUACGGCGCUACAGUCUUCAUUGUCAUGCAGUGCCUCUUCGUUUACAUCCCGCUGAGCUACCCGCAAUACGCUGCCAGCCUCUUUGCGGCGAACGACUUCUUCCGCAGCGCUCUGGCAUGUGGUAGUGUCAUGUUCGCGCACCCGUUGUUUAAUAACUUGGGUGUUGCCAGGGGUGUCAGUCUACUUGGUGGACUAAGCGUUAUUGGUAUUUUCGGUAUCUGGCUACUCUACAUUUAUGGAUCUCGGCUCCGGGCUCUGAGCAAAUUCGCAGUCUCAGAGGAAGAGGAAUAA